CCGAGCGCGCACGCACGUUGGGAAACAAACCAUUGUGCCUUUCUUCGGGCAUCGCAUGGCAUGGGAAAACGGGAAGCAAAUUCCCAGCGAGUCGCGCCGUCGAGAGUCGGCACGCAAUCCGUGGCGCAAUCGCACCUCGCGCCCUCCGAAUACGAGAGACCGGUUUGAUACCAGCGCGAAUUUAGUACGGCGGCGUCAUCCAAGCUGAUAUCUUUAACAAAUUCUCACAAAUUUUCAAACUUCAAAUACGCGCUAAGUAUACAACCAAGUAUACACAUGUGACACAAUAUGGAUUAUAAAAUAUUUUUACAAAUAAAUUUUAAGUGUUGAAUUACAUAAAACAGGACAUGUGACCUUCAAAAUGUGUCGUAAAUUAUUUACGCAUCUAAUAAUUCAUUUACUACUGUUGAAACUUUUUUAUGCUUUUUCGUACACGUCGGUGUCGUCUUCGUUGUCGUCGUCGGCGGGGUCGCCGGGAGGAUUGAAAUGGGUGCGCGUCAAUCUGCCGCAGUAUCGCCGGCCCGGUGAGACGGCGCAAUUGCAGUGCGAUUAUGACCUGGGCAACGACACCCUGUACGCCGUCAAAUGGUACAAGGACGACGAGGAGUUCUAUCGCUUCGUGACCAAGGAGCGACCGCAAGCGACCAGCCAUCGUGUCGACGGCGUACGCGUAGCGGUGGCCAAGUCGGAUAGCAGAAGGGUGAUUUUACCGGCGGUGGACGUGCGUACAGGCGGAUUGUAUCGCUGUGAAGUGUCUGCCGAAGCGCCUUCCUUCGCCUCCGCACAGAGCGAGGCCCGCAUGGAUGUAAUAUCAUUUCCCAGCGAAGAUCCGAAAAUAACAGGCAUGAAAAUACAAUAUCAAAUCGGAGACAAUAUCGACAUUAAUUGUACUUCCGGAAGAAGCUUCCCAGCAACGAUUCUACACUGGUACAUCAACGAAAAACCCAUACUCGUGUCUGGCGACAAAGCGCAGCUGAUAAACUACCCGGCUCGCCAGCACAAAGACGGUUUGAUAACGAGCGUUUUGGGGCUGCGUUUUGCGCUGCACGCUCACCACUUUCGCGGCGGCGAUUCGAUGCGGGUGAAGUGCGUCGCCUCCGUCUCGCCGGCCGUGGUCGAGAACCUGCCUGUCAGGGAUCUGCGCGAAGCCCUGUUGCUCGUGAAAAACGAUGCGACAACGAUGAAUAUUCGCACAUCAAUUCUCGUUUGUAUAAUGGCGUUCCGGGUUUUACUUAACCUACAAUGAAAAAUUUCAAAAUCAACGACUUUUGAAUUGAUUUAUGUACAUAUAUAAGUGAUUAAAUUCAUUAGAAAGUA